CCGCGGGAGACUCGAGCUUUCCGAGGGAGUUUUUGAAAACAGGAAAAGUGAUUGACAGACGAGGAAGAAACAAAAUAAAAGGAUGCGUAGAUCUGGAGCUCCGAGUCAGCUCCGUGGAAAUGCUGCUAAAAUACCCAGGUUUAUGCCACCAGGGCCUGCGAGGAAUGAUGGACCACCUUUAUCUGGUCCCCAACCAGAACCAUCAGUCCCGUCACCACCAGCACCCAAUGCUUUGGGAAAUGUGCUGCUUAAUAAGGUUCAGAAGUGUUUGAGUAGUGCAGAUGCUCCAUCUGUGACUAGUGCUCCAGUGGGCAGUAAGGCUUUAGCCAGGGUCCUGAGUGCAGUUCCUCAAGGUGAAUUUAACGAAAACAGCUUCAGGUCUUCACCUGACUUUCCUGAGCCUGAACAACCAGCAGAUAAAGACAGCUGCUCAACUCAGCCAAACACGCAUCCCAACAACACAGCUACCGCACGCUACUAUAGCGUAAUGUGGUGUAAGGCAUCAUCAAGGAAGCAUAAGCGCUGGGAAGGCGACGCUGUGCUGGUUGCCAGGGGGCGGACUGUUGUCCUCAAAGACAUGGAGGGACGGGACAUUGGACGAGGUUCAGGCUACAAGGUAUCGGAGCUGGAGAGCUUGAGUGAGGGUCAGACUCUUAUGGUAGGAGGGAAGCAAAUCGAGGUCAUGGGGGUUAUAUCCGAUGAGGACUACGCCAAAGGUCGUUGCUUUCAAGAUGCUGCUGUUGAGACUCCUGCAGAAACAGUCUUGAAAGCUCCUGUAUAUCGACCGGUGUCUAAAUCCUUUACCAGACCAGCGCUCAAGGGAGGUGCACUUACAGAUUCUGAACCUGACAAACCAAUCUGUAAGCCCAGACAUGACCCAAAUGCACCAGGUGCCCUUGUGAUGCCGCGACCGACAACUGAUCACCAAUGGCUGUAUAAUAAAUCCGGUUCUCCACUGGUGGAUGUGGUCAUUGACCCCCAUUUGACCAAUCAUCUUCGGCCACAUCAGAAAGAGGGCGUGGUCUUCCUUUACGAAUGUUUAAUGGGAAUGAGACUGUCUGGCCGCUGUGGGGCUAUUCUGGCAGAUGAGAUGGGCCUUGGGAAGACUCUGCAGUGUGUUUGUGUUCUGUGGACGCUACUGAGACAGGGCCCCUAUGGUGGACGGCCUGUACUGAAGAGAGCACUUGUGGUUUGUCCAGGAAGUUUGGUCAAGAACUGGGCUGCUGAGUUCAACAAGUGGCUGGGCAGGGAGAGGAUCAGUGUUUACACUGUGGACCAGGAUCAUCGCGUGGAGGAUUUUGUGUCUUCUCCUCUUUGCUCUGUUAUGGUGAUCAGUUACGAGAUGCUGCUGCGCUCUGUGGACCAGCUUAAAGAGCUGGAUUUUGGAGUGCUCAUCUGUGACGAGGGUCAUCGCCUUAAAAACAGCAACAUCAAAACGGCCGGUGCAAUCACAGCCCUCUCAUGCGAACGCCGUCUUAUAUUAACAGGUACUCCAGUGCAGAAUGACCUGCAGGAAUUUUAUUCCAUCGUUGAGUUUGUAAAUCCAGGAAUUCUGGGAACAUCAGCAGCCUACAGGAAGAUUUAUGAAGAGCCCAUUCUCAGAUCUCGCCAGCCCACCUGCACUGAGGAGGAGCGGUGCAUUGGAGAGGAGCGUGCCGCUGAGCUCUUUCGUCUAACAGGUGUGUUUACGUUACGGCGCACUCAGGAGAUCAUUAAUCAGUAUUUAUCCGAGCGGAUAGAGUGGACCGUAUUCUGCAAACCUACUGAACUGCAGCUGCGUCUGUAUGGAGUCCUGCUGGCCACGCGGCCUAUCAGAGCCUGCCUCUCUGGUGCCAGCACACACACUUACACACACAGCCCACACCUUGCAUGCAUCAACGCCCUCAAGAAGCUCUGCAACCACCCUGGGCUGCUCUACAACACUUUACAGGAAAAGUCAGAUGAGAUGUAUGAGGAUGGAAUUAUGGAACUCUUUCCUGAGGGAUACGCUACAGGUGCUUUUGGCAGUGCAGACUCUGGGAAACUUCUAGUGCUUACAGACCUGCUGUCAGCAAUACAGCACGUCAAUCGCACAGACAGGGUUGUUUUGGUGUCAAACUACACACAAACUCUUGACUUACUGCAGGAUGUCUGUGAUCACAUAGGCUAUAAAUGGUGUCGGCUUGAUGGACAGACACCUGUAGCCCAGAGACAACGCAUUGUUGAUUCCUUCAACAGCCCACAUUCAUCCCACUUCCUGUUGCUACUUAGUUCGAAGGCUGGAGGGGUGGGACUAAACCUCAUUGGUGCCUCACAUCUUAUUUUAUAUGAUAUAGACUGGAACCCUGCCAAUGACAUACAGGCCAUGGCACGUGUGUGGAGAGAUGGACAGAAGAAAACAGUUCACAUCUACAGAUUUCUUACAACAGGUUCCAUAGAAGAAAAGAUUUAUCAGAGGCAGGUUAGUAAACAAGGGCUUUCUGGGACAGUGGUGGACCUGUCCAAGAAAGCUGAUCAUAUUAGCUUUUCUGCUGAGGAGCUGCGGGACCUUUUCAGCUUUGACCCUAAUACCACCUGCCUCACGCACGACCUACUCGACUGCCAGUGCUCUGGAGAUGGAAAUACACCAGGCUUUGAGAAGGAGAUAAAGGAGGAGACCGGAAGGGCGUGUCAGCUGGGUCGCCAUGCGGACAGCACGGUAUCAUUUCCACAACGAGUCAGCAUGUCCGAGCUCAUGCACUGGAGGCAUUUCUCUGGGGAUGUUCAAUCAUAUGAUGAUAUUUACCUAAACCAUGCCCGUAACCACAUCACAUACGCCUUUCAAAGCACCACUUCUAAAUCCCAAACCACAGCCUAAACUCUUCCUCCUCCCAAGACUUUUAUUUACAAACCCACUACCCUCAUGCACUCAUGUUAAUAUAUGAUGUAAGACUGAACAUUAAAAAUUUUCCUUUUAAUAAAUCUUAUUACGUUGUUAUUACGUUUUGGUUGAGUGCGCAAGCAAGUGUGCUCGUAUCCAUUUAGGGAACACGCUGAUUUAAAUAUCUGCUCCCUCUGUCAGAAUGAAUCAGAGCUGUACACAAAAAUAGAUUAAUAGCGCAAUCAGAAACAUUAAUAGAAGCGGCAAAAAGCAGCAG